AUGCCGAGGCAAAAGUGUUGUCAACAUCCGACUAGACAUGGAAAUUCCGUAGUUGUUGCAAAGGGAAAUACACCUGUCUCCUUGGAAUUAGCGAAAUUUUUACAGAAUCAGUAUGAUCUUUCUGGUAGUUAUAUUCGAUGGCUCUGUGUCAACUGUUGUACGUUGGAAACAAAGACAAUGAGAAGUUAUCGAUCAAUUGAAGAGGCGGAAGAGCAAAGUUCUAGUAACAACGAAUCAGCAUCAGAGAAUUCAAGCAACAAUGACGAUGAAGAAGAUGAAUCUGAAGAUUCAUGUGAAACGGAUGAUGAUGAGAGCAACAAGUCUAUAGACGAUGAUGACGAUGGUCCUGAGCCUAUGGAUGAUGAUUCAGUGAAUGGUGAAGAUGAUUUAAUUUUUCAGCAAGGUCAAGCUUUUGAGAAGCUCACCAAUAUAUUCCAACUUCUAAACAUUUGUUCAAUUCAUGACAAGUAA